AUCCCCAACCGUGUCUGGUCAUAGUUGAGAAAAGUAACAGGGGCUCCGGUUGGGUUAAGAAACCAAGGCGAACGGAUAGCAAAACCAGCCUUGUGAAAUCAGAAAAUCUUAGAAGGUCUAUCAACACUGACAGGAUAUUGAUGAUGGACUCAGGGGAGCCAGAGGAGCAUGAUAGUGACGAGGGAGAAUAUCAAAGCCUUGAAGAGCAGGACAUGAUCCAGUACAGAGUAUGCUACUCUCAUCCAAAGUACACCAAGGAGUUGGAUUUCUGUAAAAAGGAAGACGUUAAGAAGAAGAGAUGUCCAGCAGGUCGUUCAGGGAACAACCCUGGGAGACAGAAGCGGGUUGUGUCGUGUAAGAGGAAGACCCACCAUCUCAAUAUCUGUCGAAGGAAGCAGCCAGCCACAUGGAAAACUUAUGAUGUGGCCAACAAGGAGAACGAAAUGGCCUGUGUGCAGGACAUGGAAGAGAUAUUCUAUAUGGACCCAUGGGAGUUUCCACUCACUGCCCCCCAUCCUAACAAGACUGAUGAGGCUGGUUCAAAAAACAGUGACUACUUCACAGAGUUGUCAAAAGACCAUAACACAAUGACAGAGGUGCUCUUUGGAAGAAAUCUGAGACUUAGUGUAGCUUUGACCCUGUGGCAAAGAAAUGUUGGAGAACUGCUUACGUAUUUUUUAAGGAUCCAAGACACUGGUGUGUUUGUUGAUUUUCUUCCAGUGAUAACAAAAAGCCUUGAUGGUGAGUCAGAGUCACCCAGCGUUUCCAUUGGCUGUUGUGUUGACCUUUUCCCCCUAGUGAAAAAGGUCCUCACUACUCCAUAUGAAGAGCACCUGGUAGCUGGUUUACGAUUGGUACAAUCAGUAUUAAGACAUUGGUGGCCAGAGCUCUCAGCAAGUGGAGGAACUGACACGCAAUCUAUGGAUGGAAAUAUCGAAGUGUUCAAACAGCAGCUAAAGGAGUUUUGGAACCAGGAGCCUCAUUUGAGUUCAGUUCCAGGAAGUGCAGGUGAAAUAGCAAAGGUUAUAGACUAUUACCUGUUACAAUUGCCCUGAUCGCAAUGGUGGCCCAUGCCAAGCUCCAGUCCAGUCCUCAUGACAUGUUGUUGUAAAGUUGGAAACCACAUAAGAACACAAUAGACUUGUGACACAAUGAUCUGCACUACUUGACUUUUGAUGUGGGGAAAAGCAUUACCAAAUUAAUUUGAUGGCUCCUAAACAGUGCCCAAAGAGUGCCUGCUGUAGAGUGCCAGAGAGCCACUCCAGACAAUGAUUGUGCCUUGUUAUUUUUUAAGAAUUUUAAUUACAAUUUGAGAUGACCAACCCUUGUCCACAAUUGCUAACAUGACUUAACCUCACUAAAUUUCAUAGGUAUGAAAUUAAUUCAAAGAAUAAAAGUGAGUGCAAUUGAUUGGUUACAGUAGAGAACCAAUUUAAGUUGUGUUGGAUGAAUUAAAAUGGUACUUGAAAUUGUUUUAUUGUAAAUUAAUAAAUUAUUUUUAAAUGAAAAUGCCAGUAAUGUUAUGUGAAACCUUUGUGUUCAGCCAGGCAGUGGUGUUUCAGAGUGGAAUGGUUGGCUGUUGGUUGAUGGAGUUGGAGAGAAAGGGUAGAGAGAGGGGGUACACUGAGUGGUGAGAGAGAAGAGGUGAGUCUCAGUGGGAGCAUGUGUUGGCCAGUGCCGACAGCUCCAGAGCGACUGCCAGCCGGGCAGCAGUACAGCACAAUUAGUUAUUAGUUAUUAGCACCCGCCACUGCCCCGAAAGCAAAGCUGAAGUUCUCAUGUAUUUUUAGUCAGGCUAUACUGAAAUACUCCAAGCCCUAGUUAGAGCCGAUAACUAGGGCUGAGAGUAUAACUACGUUUUUAUUUGUCAGGUCACAUGGUUAGGAAAUAUUACUUCCCCUAUUCAUAAGGUACUUGUAUGUGUUGUCUUAGUGCAGAGGUUCUCCAAAAUAAUGAAGAAAUGUGUUUCAAUUGUGAGAGCAAAAUUGCAAGAUUACGUUAUAAUACUUUUAUUGCAUCAAAUGGUUGUUUUA